AUGGACCUCGUCGCCCAGCUCAUCGGCACCAUCUGCGACGGCAUCCUCCAGUCGUGCGCCGAGACGCAGACGAGCCUCGUGCGGGACUCUUGCGGCGCGUGCUGCCCGUGUGCGGCGCCGUGCUGCAGCCAGGAGGCCGGGUGGGACUCGCUCGGCGAGACGGAGGACGAGGGCGCCGAGGCGGCCGGCGGUCGUGGCGAGGCGGUGGGAGCAGACGCAGCGGGUAGCUCGGCGGCUGAGCGGGCGCAGGAGCAGCAGGGGCUUGCGCGUGGUGCUCGAGCUGGGUAUGGCGCAGUCGAGGAGCAGCCGGUGCAGCGGGCGAGGAUGCGGCCGGCGGGGUGA